AUCCUAAAGACAGACAUUGUAAUGGUGAAUAACUAAAAUUUGUCUUCAAAUUCUCAAAUAAAUGUGAUGAGGUUCACCUCAAUCACUUAAGAAAACCACCCAAAGAGAUGGGACACUUACUUUACUUACUUUUUAAGGUUUAAAUCAGGUAGGAGUUAUUUGGUUUAAACCUUUUAGACAUUGAUAAUUCAAAAUAUUUUUAAAAGUAUUGGAAAUUGUAUGAGUUAGUACACAACCUCCAAUCUUCCACCUUCAACAAUCAAUCUGGUCAUAUACCUCAUUGGUUAACACAGUUACUACAAAAAAUGUGGAUUGCCACAGAUACUUGUAGCUAGAGGGAUAUUUUUUAAUCCUACAAGUUCUUUGUUACCUCAUUGCAUUUAACUGAUUAUAUAAGUUUCAUCAUAAUUUCUUUCUUCUUUCUGCUACAAUUAAGUCCAUAUUUAGUUAAUUUAUGUUCUGAAAAUGUCAAAAUCUAAAAAGAAUAUUGUCUGGAUAGACAUGGAAAUGACAGGGCUGAAUCCUGAUGAAGACAGAAUAUUAGAAGUGGCUUGUGUAGUUACUGAUCAGAAUCUAGAAAUAAUUAGUGAUGAGUUUAAUGUUGUUAUUAAUCAACCAAAAGCAAUUUUAGAUAAUAUGAAUCCUUGGUGUAUUGAACAGCAUUCCAAGUCUGGAUUGAUUUAUGAAUCACUUAACAGUUCCAUCAGUGUUAUGGAAGCUGAAGAUAAACUGUUAAAAUUUAUUCAAAAUAAAACUCCUCAAGGUGAAUGUCCUUUGGCUGGCAAUUCAGUUUACAUGGACAAGUUAUUUUUAAUAAAACAUAUGAAUCGUGUUGCAAAUCACUUACAUUACAGGAUAAUAGAUGUUUCUUCCAUUUUUGAACUGGUGAGGAGAUGGUAUCCUCGUUUGAAAUUGUUUAAAAAGAGUUGUCUUCAUCGUGCCCUUCCAGAUAUUAAAGAAAGUAUCUUGCAAUUAAAGUUUUACAGAGAAAAGGUUUUAAAGCCAGUCAAUGAAGUACGGAGUUCUAGAUGAACUCACAUUUAUGAAGAAAUGAAGAAUCUGUUAAGUUUAAAAAGAUGUAAAUAGCAAAUAUCACAUUGGAACUUCCUCAUUAACUUUCCUGAACGAGACUUAGCUAGGCCUAGCUAUUCCAUUUUCCUAUGAUUAAUUAAAUUCAAAUGAGUUAUAGUUAAUAAAUUAUGCAGUUCAGAUCUAAAAAAAAAAAAUGUGUGUGUGUGUAUAUAUAUUUAUAAUAAUAAUGAUAACUAAUUUUUUCUCACUUGUUGCCCA